AUGAUAGUUUUAAAUCAACCUUAAUAGAUACUGAUUAGAGACUAAGAUAAUAAUGUUAAAGGAAUUAAGAUAAUUUUGAACAACUUAAUGUUAGAUGAAAAUCAGAUAAUAGAAAAUUUUAUUAAGAUUUCGAAUUACAAAAAAUUAGACUAGCUUAUAAUAAAAUUAAGCAAUAAUUUAGCUAAAUAAAAGAGUGCUCAAUUUAUAUUUUAGUUCAUAUCAUAGAUCAGUAAUUUAUCUUAUUUAGAGCUGGAUUUAUACUAAAACAAGCUAGAUAUUAAUACAGGGGUUUCGUUUCCUACGAAUGAAUUAUGCAAAUGGACUAAUUUGACUACUUUAAUAUUAGACUUAGGAACUAAUAAAAUAGGAUCUUCUGGUAUCAAAACAAUAUGCUAAGAAUUACUUUCAUUAUAAAAUCUUAUUAAUUUGUCUUUAAAUGUGUGUAAAAAUGAAAUAUAAAAUAAUGGAUCAGCAGACUUAGGAUCAGCUAUUUCAAGUAUGACUAAAAUAGAGAAUUUACAUUUGAAUAUUGGAGAUAAUUAAAUAGAUAACUAAGGAAUUACUGUGCUUUUAAACUCAAUACAAAGCUGUUAAACUAUAAAAAAGUUAUAACUUGAAGCUAUUGAAAAUAAAAUAGAUGGUAUAGGAGCUAUUAAUAUAGGGAUAUCAGUUUCUUCACUAUCUAAUUUAAAUAGAUUAAUUCUAAAUUUAAAUAAUAAUCGAAUAGAUACGGUUGGCUUUAACACCAUGCUUUAAAAAAUCUCUACUAGUGUUUCAAUUCAACAAAUUAUACUUCUAUUACUGUAAAACUAAGCAUCUUACAUGGAUAACUGUGGAUAAACUUUAAGAAAUUUCAAGCAACUUAAUUAUGCUUAUAUUUAAUUAAAUAAAAUAGGUCAUUAAAGGCAAAAUUUUAAAAUUCAGCAUAUUAAAAAGUGUAAAAAGCUAAUAGAUUUUAGUUUACUUUGA